AGAAAGCAUUGAAAUUAUUACAAAAAAUGGAGCUAAGGUUGCUGGAGUUAUUGUGGCCGUGGAUAGACAAGAGAGAGGUACUGGUGAAAAAUCCGCCGUACAACAAAUUGAAGAAACGUAUGGUGUUCCUGUUAAAUCGAUCGUUAAUUUGGAACAAAUAAUUAAAUAUUUUAAAGAAAAAGAAGGUUGUGAUGAGCAUUUAACAAAAAUGGAAGAAUAUAAGGCCUUAUAUGGAAUUAAUUCCUGA